AUGGCUAGGAAUAUAAUUAGUGCAGUGUUUUGGCUAGUUGUCAUUGUACUGGCAGUUUCUUUAUGUGUUGAGGCUAGGGAUAUAACUAAAAAGGAAGGAGUACAAGGAAAUGUGAAAAAACCCGAGACUUUUUGGGGUGGUGGAGUAAGUGGUGGUGUUGUUGGAUGGAAAAAGGGGUGGGGUUUUGGAAAAUCUUUUGGUAUUGGGAAAGGAAUUGGAUAUGGGGUUGGGUAUGUCCACCCUGGUGUGAAAAAACCGGAUUGUUAUGGAAAAGGAGGUGGUUCCGAGGGAGGAGGAGGUAGUGGUGGUGGUUCUGGUGGUGGAGUUGGAGGUGGUGUAGGGGGUGGUGUUGGUGGCGGAGUCGGUGGGGGUGUUGGUGGUGGUGUUGGAGGUGGACAUGGAAAAGGAGGGUACUAUGGAGGUGGUGUAGGAGGGGGUGUUGGCGGUGGUGUAGGAGGGGGUGUUGGCGGUGGUGUUGGAGGUGGACAUGGAAAAGGAGGUGGUGUAGGAGCGGGUGUUGGCGGUGGUGUAGGAGGGGGUGUUGGUGGUGGUGUUGGAGGUGGACAUGGAAAAGGAGGGUACUAUGGAGGUGGUGGUGGAGGAGGACAUGGAAGCUAUCACAGUGGAAGUCACAAGCACCAUGGUGGGAACAAACAUCAUUAUGGAAGCGUAGGAGGAAGUGCAGGUGGAGGAAUUGGUAAAGGAAUUGGAGGAGGUGUUGGAGGAGUAGUUGGUGGAGGAAUCGGGGGUGGUGUUGGAGGAGGCGUAGGUGGGGCCAUUGGUGGUGGUAUCGUCGGAGGAGUUGGUGGAGGAAUUGGAAAAGGCAUUGGAGGAGGUAUUGGAAAAGGAAUUGGAGGUGGUGUCGGUGGAGGAGUUGGGGGAGGCAUUGGAAAAGGAAUUGGAGGAGGAGUGGGUGGAGGAAGUGGUGGUGCUUAUGGGGGACACAUUGGUAGUGGUGGUGGUGUAGGAAGUGGAAUAGGAGGAGGCAUUGGAAAAGGAAUUGGUGGGGGAAUUGUUGGUGGAGUUGGUGGGGGUAUUUGGAAGGGAGUUGGUGGCGGAAUUGGAGGUGGCAUCGGCAAAGGAAUUGGAGGUGGUAUUUGGAAGGGUGUUGGUGGCGGUAUUGGAAGUGGUAGUGGAAUAGGUGGAGGUAUUUGGAAAGGUAUUGGUGGAGGCAUUGGAGGCGGUAGUGGAAUAGGCGGAGGUAUUUGGAAAGGAGUCGGUGGAGGCAUCGGAGGUGGCAUAGGUAAAGGCAUUGGAGUUGGCGGAGGAAUUUGGAAAGGUGUUGGUGGUGGAAUUAGCGGUGGAAUAUGGAAGGGCAUUGGUGGAGGUAUUGGAGGAGGCAUUAUUGGUAAAAAAUCUGAAGAAGCAAGUCACAUUACCAAAAACUCACCAACAAAACACUAA